GGGGAGGGGAGGCAACCCUUGUGCUGCAGCAUAAAAAAACCCCAACCACCUUGUGUGAGGACAUCUCCUCCUCACACCCCCGCCACACUUCUCUCCAUUCCAUUGAUAAGUUCAGUUUUCUUGAUCACAGCCCAUUCAAGCAAGCUGCUUUUGAAAAGAGCACCUAUUUUUAUUUUUAUUUUUGGGAUGAUCGAGAUGCCAGUGUCUUUCCAUCACUUUAAAUACCAAUGGCUGGGAGCAUUGCCAUACUAAGGCUUCACUAAGACCCAUACACAGAACUGCAUUGCAAAAUUCGGAGAAGUACAAAUUAUGAAGGUUAACUGAGUUUUGGUUCAUGUUUUGGUUCAGAAGUGCAAAAUUAGAUGACCAUCAUGUCUCACUUCAAGGAUCUCAAGGAUGACUUCCACAGUGACACGGUUCUCUCCAUCUUAAAUGAACAACGCAUUCGAGGUGUUUUAUGUGAUGUCACAAUAAUUGUGGAAGACACCAAAUUUAAGGCCCAUAGCAAUGUCCUGGCUGCUUCGAGCCUUUAUUUCAAAAAUAUAUUUUGGAGUCGGGCAAUCUGUAUUUCUGGACAUGUGCUAGAACUAGAUGACCUCAAGGCUGAAGUGUUCACAGAAAUACUUAAUUACAUCUAUAGUUCCACAGUAAUAGUUAAAAGACAGGAGAGUGUUUUAGACCUUGCAGCUGCAGGGAAAAAACUGGGUAUAUCAUUUCUGGAAGAUCUUUCAGAGAAGAGUUUUUCAAGUUCUCCUUGUCUGUAUUCAUUUUGCAAUACUGAAAAGGGUGAAGUGAAAGAAGAAAAAAGACAAGAAGACUCAGCCAUCACAAAUGGUCCAAGAAUCACAAAUGCAUACUCAAUUUUUGAAUCGGAGAAUAGUAAUAAUUUAUUUUCUCCUCUUGACCUGAGAGCAAGUUUCAAAAAAAUGCCUGAAACAAAUAAAGCAUCCAGUAUUGGUCUGGACAAGAACAGUGCUUGCAAAGAUGUUGAGCGAGCCAGUACAUUAGCUGAACAUUCCUAUGCCGUUACUACGAGUUGUGAUGCUUUUCAACAAAAUUCCUUUUAUCAUGAAAACACUCUCCUUUCUAAAAUAGGUGAAGAUGGUUCUGAAGCUGUCCAAUCAGUACCUGCAGCUGAAUCAAUAAUGCAAACAAAUAGCACAGCAAAGGCUGUUUUCAACACCCAGGUCACUGAUGUAUCUACAAUAAAAAUAUCAACCCACAAGGGAAGCAGUGGAGAAGGUCACCAGAAAGCAGCAAAUGAUCAGAUCUUUUCUCUUCAAAAAUCCCACCCAGAUACUGGCAAUGUUCUUUCUUCAAAGGAAGAUGAAAAUAAAUCAGAUCAUAUUUCUGGAUCAAUAGUCACAGUCAUUCCACAUGUUUAUAACUGUAACUGUUGUGCUAAAACAUUCAGUGAUGGAACUCAAUUCAGCACCCAUCUUCAGCUUCAUUCACAACCUCAAGAACCUUUAGUCUGCAAAUACUGUAGCAAACAAUUUGAGAGUACUUCUGGACUAGAGACACAUGAGCAAGUAUGUAGGGAGUUGGACAGUUUAUGUGUUCAAAAUGAAAACGAGCCAAGCUGUUUAGAUAAUUUUGCUGCUUCACAUGGUAAAACUAGCACUUCCUAUAUAAACCCAGAGCCCACAGUGACGCAAAAUGAGCUUACUGAUUUUCCUAUCACAAACUGUCCAAAGCCAGAAACAGACCACUUUGUUAAAGUUGUUGAUGGACAGAUACUUUAUACAUGUACUGUUUGCAAACGUACCUAUGUCACCUUGUCCAGCCUCCGAAGACAUUCAAAUGUUCAUUCAUGGAGGAGAACAUACCCUUGUCAUUACUGCAACAAAGUAUUUGCUUUAGCAGAAUACCGUACCAGACAUGAAAUCUGGCACACAGGAGAACGGCGUUACCAGUGCAUCUUCUGCCUUGAGACCUUUAUGACAUACUACAUACUCAAAAACCACCAGAAAUCUUUCCAUGCUAUUGACCACCGGGUUGGAGUAAAUAAGAAAACUGCUAAUGGGAGCUUGAAAGCAAGUGUAUAUCCUUACAAACUUUACAGGCUUUUGCCUAUGAAAUGCAAAAGGCCACCAUAUAAAAGCUAUAGAAACACAUCGUAUGAAAGCAUACAAGCAAGCAUACAAGUUAAUGAAGCCCCUUCUAGUACCUGCAUUCUUCAGAAUACUGUCACUGCUGAACUACCAUCACUGGAUUUUGCACACGAUAUGUUAUCAAACACAACUAUUUCCUUGAAUUCAUCUUCAUGUAAUGAUGCAACAGCAGUACCUAUGAACCCUCCAAAUAUUUCUUCCUGGGAAGCGGGUGCAUCAGAAGCAGGCCUUCAAAGUGAUAAUUAUACUACUGGAAGGCCAUUGUCCUCCACUGAACUGAACACUGGGCCUCAGGAAUACAAUUCCUCUUUGUCAACAAUUAGCAGUAGCAAUGCUGUUGAAAAUUCAACCUCUGUUAUUAAUUAUAAUAAUUCAGCUUCUUCUGUGAUAGUACAUAGUAGUAGAGUUUCCUCUGUAAUAAUGCACAGUAAUGCUGUCAACACAACAGGAGGCAACAGCAACACAGGAACCUCAGAUAUUAAAAUCAGCCAAGUAACAAGCAAUGAACAUACACAAGGGUCAGAUGAUAGCAAAAGCAAUGUUAGAACAAGAAGCAAUAAAGAAAAGAAAAAAAUCGCACUAUACAGCAGAGAAGGAACAUCAGAAGAGUUAAAAUAUUUGGCAAAUACAGGAAUGUCUUCUAACACACCUACUGACAUGUCUGAACCUUCAAGUAAGACUGAAACUUACAUUGCAAAACCUGCAUUACCAGGGACUUCUGCUGAUAGCAAUGUUGCUCCUCUUUGUCAAAUCACAGUUAAAAUUGGAAAUGAAGCCAUUGUGAAAAGACAAAUUUUGGGCUCCAAAUUGUUUUACAAAAAAGGCAGAAGAUCAAAAUAUGAAUCCAAGGAAGAGCAUACCGUUCAGGUCACAGAAAGGGAGAAAAGAGAGAGAAGCAUGUCUCGAGUCUGUAGCUCGGACUACAUUGAACUUAAUGAAAUGUGUGAUGAUGUGAGUGACCAUGAUGCCAAUGAUAAACCAUGGCGGCCAUAUUACAAUUACAAACCAAAAAAGAAAUCUAAACAGCUAAGAAAAAUUAGAAAGGCAAAAUGGAGAGAAAAGUACAAGAGCAGAGAUACUUGCAGAGAAAGUGAAAAGACAUUUGUCACAAAUUAUGCGCUUAGGAACCUUCCUGAAGAAAAGAAUCAAGCAGAUGAUGGAACAAUGCCUAAUCUGCACUGUGAGCUCUGUACAAGGGGGACUUCUUCUACUGAAGAAACCCAGGAUCAUUUACACUGGGACACAACUACUCCGGAGCCUUACGCUUGUGAGUUAUGCUCAAAGCGGUUCCAGAGCCCAUCUGCUUUAAGGAUGCAUAGGCGAUGUCAUACAGGAGAGAAACCAUAUACUUGCAAAACCUGUGGAAAGAGCUUUGCUAUCUCAGGCAACUUACAGAAGCAUGAACGCUCCCAUCUAGGUGUCAAGGAGUUUGUCUGCCGCUAUUGUAACAAAGCAUUCACCCUAAAUGAAACACUCAAAAUACAUGAGAGAAUUCAUACGGGGGAAAAGCGUUAUCAUUGUCAGUUUUGCUUUCAGAGUUUCUUAUAUCUUUCUACCAAAAGGAAUCAUGAGCAAAGACAUAAGCGUGAGCAUACUGGGAAAGGAUAUGCAUGUUUUCAGUGCCCCAAGGUUUGCAAGACAGCAGCUGCUCUGGGAAUGCACCAGAAGAAGCAUUUAUUCAAAGCCCCCAAGCAGGAGGAUAGAAAGGAUUGCUUAUUUAAAGAAAGCACUAAGACAUUUAUAAGUCAACAUUUCAUGGUUUCAGAGGGACAGGAAACAACAAAACCUUUACAAACUCAAAAUAUAAUUAACGCAGACAGGCAUGAAGCAAGUAACAUUCAAAAACACGUAUCAGGACUUUCAGUAUGAAGAAAUACAACAGAUUAAAGAAAAUAGAAGAAAGAUAUUAGGCUGGGAGAAGGGGAAUGUCCAGAGUUAUGGAGAUUGUAAAAUGUGAGGUAUUGUUUCUGCAUAUAAAUAUUGAUUACAUGAAAAAUGUGCCAUAAAAGCAAAAAAAAAUGGAAAUUGUAUGAAAUUUCUCCAUAGUGUGAAGGCUAACAGAAGCUGAAGCAGACAUUGAUUUUCCACAGUACAGCUAUACUUAAAAAGAGGCAAAUGAGAAUAUGACUAAAUUAAACCAUUUAAAAUAAGUAAUUUAUUACUUAUUAUUUAUGACUAGUUCAUUAAGAAUCUAAACUAUUCUGGAUGAAGAGAUAAAAUAGAUAGAUUGAAAGUAUAACAAUGUUAAAGAAUUUAUGCUAGAGACAGAAAAAACCACACCCUAUAUUCCUCAGUGAAAUGUAAUGUUAAUUUGUGCAAAAUUUAAUACUGUAAUUUGGAAGUUAAAUUUAGCCAUAGUUUAAUAUGUACACUACACCAUCUGGUAAAGAUUCUAAAAUGUGUUAUUUGAAAAUGUACAUCCAACUCUUCUAAAAUCUGAAUAUGCUGUUAGAGAACAGCCGUGUGAAGAGGGAUAGGAAUAAUAGUAAUAAUGAUGAACAUUUAUAUUGUUAAUACUCUACAGCAAUGGAUCACAAGCUCCUUAUAUGUUAGAGCUGUUAAGCAUCUAGCUUAAUCAACAAUUCAGUUGCUUAACUGAUUACAGCAUGACCUAUUCUCCAUGGGCACAGCUGAUACAAGGUGUAACAGAAUGCUCUUUCCUUCAUCACCCUCUUCGUCUUUGGUCACAUUCACACUGUAACAUUCAGGACAUGAUUUCCAAUGAAAACCCCAUACUUGUCUCCUAUGGAUAGCCAUUUCUAGGUUACAAGUUACUUGACCUUCAAGUUAGAGUGACCUGGGAUGGACCAAGGAAGGAAAAGGAUGGCUGGAUGUUAAUAUACGGCCUAUGCAUGGGCCUCCCAUUAAAACUUGCAUGUGCCCCAGCUGCAGGCAAGGAAAAGGAAGAUGGAACAUGAUCCCAUUGACCCCAUGCCAGAAGUUGGCAACUUGUAACCCUCCAGAUGUUUUAGCUUACAACUCCCAUCUCCACUAGCUAUGCCAGCCACUAUUGGUGGAAAUUGUGGGUUAAAAUGAUUAAGAGGGCCACAAGUUGUUCAUCCUUGCCUGUGCUGAUCCUCUUCCAGAUAUACAGCUGCAUCCAUGGAAAGGUGGGUUUAGUUUUGGUUCUUCGAUGUAAUCCAAGGUCAGCAUUCUUGACUACUAAAUUAUAGUCUAGGCUGACUGUCACUGGGUUUUACAUGCAUAGUCAUCAAGUGAAUAUAUGUAUAGUCAUCAUGUGAUUAUGAUUAUAGAGUUGUUAGUCUACUCUUAUCGCAUGAAGUGCAUAUCAUAUCCAUAGCAUUCAACAUGGGUUCAUUUCGCUGUCUCCCAGACUAUCCAUUUCCUGAAACCCUUAAUGCUGUACUUUGAUGCAAACCUAUCUUACCAGUUUGCAGAAACUACAUGGAAUGCAGACAAUCCAUUCCUAACAUCAAGGAUUAUUGGAACUGUCAUGAAAGACUUGAUCACUGAUGUUUCAAUAUUACUUUAGGGUGAAAUCCAUCAGAAUGAAUGAAGGUAUAGUUCAGAAGAAAAUGCUUAUCCAAGUAGACUGGGAGAAGCAAUUUCUGCCUCCCAGCUUCUCCCACAUGGAUGACACCAUUUCAAAAGGGGAAGCAAAGAAGCAGGAGUGAUCCAAGAUACCUUGAAUACUGUUCACUCCAGUCUCCUCCCUUCCCACCACCCAAGUUGCUUAUCUGACCCUUAUUUCUGUACCAGCUACAAGAAGAAAGGGAAAGGAGAUCAGACGGAGCACCAGUUCCGAAAUGCAAGGUCAGGGUACUGUCUCUGAUCCUGAUCUAAAAGCUGGGAAUCUGAACUAUCUUAUGUCCCCCACCCCACCAAAUGCCAUCUAGGAACCAUAGGAUCAUUCCCUUAAUCUCUUCAUUUGCUUUAUUUUGUUGAGCAGCUUCUCUCUUAUUUAAUGUUUGGAUAGAAUGAAAAGUUUAGGUUGUUACAGAAGUGCAUUAUUGCCCAACAGAGGUUCAGGACUUCAUGGAAUCCUUAAUAAAUGUGGACAUUGUUGAACCUUACAAAUCUGAUUUUUAUAACUCUUCAGGAAGCAUUUUUUCCUGCCCUUUCUGAACCUUAGAUGCUUAGGUACACUGCCUAACUAUAUCUAACGAGACUUCAGAUUGCUUGCAUCAUACCAGGAAGAGGCAGAGUAGUUUUCUGACUCCCAUAUAAGGGAAUUCACACCUCUGCCAAGUCUACAGAAAUCUGUUUUGGGGCUCCUUCAUACUCAUCUAAGUCAAUAUUGAAUUGAAAGCCUAAUCCUCCUGCUAUAAGGGAUAAAUUUCCUUGCUUACAUCAGCCCUAUAUUCUGCAGUCUUUCAGUCUAACACUCUAUUCUUGUCCUUAAAACAUUGGAUUAUAUGCUUCAACAAGCUAUCAACAAGAGAAUUCAUAUAAAUUAGAAGGUCAUCCUUCAAAAAUUCUUCAGCAAACAAUGAACAUUUGUCUGCUGAAGAAUAUCUCUAAUCUUUGUCCAUGUUGUCUAAGGCGACAACAAAUAUCCUGCUUUGUGAAGAUUUGUUGACUCCAACUUCAUAGCCACAUAUCUAGGAAAGAAUUCGGCCAAUUUGGGGGAUACAGGGACCACUUUCCAUCCCCUGUUCCCCUGUCACAUUCCUGCAACUACUGCUGAGUUUCCUAGAGGCAAAAAUUACGUUGAGUAGCAUAGUGGCAAAAUUUAUUUUGCCAGUUUGCCGCUGAAAUUUGGUAGCAAAACACUAGGGAGCUUUAGAAAGGGCAAAUUACAUUUGACAAUGACCCUGUAUAGCUUUGCUGCUUAAUUUCUACAAGCUGCCAAUUUUUUUUCCCACCGUGUCACUAAAUUCAGCAAUUGCAGACACAACCACACUACCAAAUUUAGCAGCAGCAGGGGCUGCAAGAACAAGGGAGGUUAUACAAGAGGGCAGGCAGCGCUGGUGGUCCAUGUGUUGCUUAGCCUGAUCUAGUGCUACAGAUUAAUGUAGGGUUGAUAUACAAAUAAAUUUAAAAAGCCAAGGUAUUAAAAGAAACUUUCAAUAAGACAAGAUUUUUAAAAAUCAAGUAUACUGGAUUGGUAUCAAAUAAGAGAACGUGAAGCCUUUAGUACAACAAUAUAUUUCAAAAUUGCAGAAAGGCUAAAAAAAGCAGAAAGUGGCCAGCGGUCUACAUUCUAUUAUAUAAAUGAGUAUGCUUUAAAGAAUAUCCAUAAAACUACACCUGACACUGACCUUGUAGGUUCAUGUUUAUGCAUUAUUUAAACUAAAUAUCUUUGGUUGCAGUAAGCAAAUAACAUAUACUUAUCUUAAGCAUAACUGUUUGUUGUUUUGCAAGAAAAUAUCCCACAAUUGAUAUCAGUAUUGAAAGAUGUUAAUUGUAUACUGAGAACAUUUUGGGGCUGUUCUUUAGCUGCUUUGGUGUCAGAUCCUUUUAAAAUUAAAAAAAAUAGUCUCACUUUAGUGAGGUAUUUCAAAUAGAUAAAUUAAGACAUUUUCUAAAAUGAUGCAUAUGCUAAUGAUUCUAGACCAAAGCCAAUAAUGUGUAAUAUUUAUACAUAGUGAUACUUUUACAAGUAUUUUCUAUAAUUGUAUAAUUCAUAUGGGAAAUAAUAGCUUCUGUUAUGUUUGAGGGCUUUGUAUAUUUUGAUAAAACACAAUAACUUUGUAAUUCUGUCCGUUCGCUACAAUUUAUAGCAAAGCAGUUUUAAGAUGGCGGUGUCAUGUUUAUAAUUCAUUAUUGAAAUUUUACUAUAUCAGCAUAAUGGAUAAAGUAUUAUUGACCAAAUUAGAAUUAAAACAAGUCUAAAUAAUGGUACAUAUUGUUAAGGACAGUAAUUUGCUACAUAAUGGCAUAUGUAUUUUGCUUUUUUAAAAAAACAAUUAAAAUCUGAUGUUCAGACCUAUGAAAAGAA